AGUGAGAAAGCAUCAGCUGAUGCAUUCCUACCACCCCCACUUUCCCUUUAUAUAGCUCCUGCAGCACUUACUUGAGCCAGACUGGAAAGAUUUCCGAAGAGCAAAUCGGCUUGGAUCCCGGCUUUUCAGAAGAGCAGAGAAGCAGAUCGCAGUCAUGAGAGUUGAGUUAGGGCUGGUGCCUUGCAGAAAAUAUUUUCACCUGAAGACUCAACGGGCCUACUAGAAGCCUCCCAUGUGAUACAGAACUAGAAGAGAGCUGAGAGGAAGUGAGCCCCUUCCAAAAAUCUCUUCUCUGCCCACACAGUGAGGAAUCAAAGGGGAAUCUUAUUGAAGCUAGCCUGGUUCAAUUGAGAUGUCACUUUACAUGGGAUUUGCUAAUUGAAGACACUGCAAUGCCUGAUUUGGAAAACAGGAUCUUUGAUGAGAUUGAGUUCCUAGACACCAAAUACAACGUGGGAAUAUACAACCUACUGGCCUAUGUGAAACACCUGAAAGGCCAGAAUGAGGAAGCCCUGAAGAGCUUGAGAGAAGCUGAAGACUUAAUCCAGGAAGAACAUGGUGACCAAUCAGGCAUGAGAAGUCUGGUUACCUGGGGCAACUACGCCUGGCUGUAUUACCACAUGGGCAGACUGGCAGAAGCUCAGACUUACCUGGACAAGGUGGAGAACACUUGCAAGAAGUUUGCAAAUCCCUCCAGCUAUAGAAUCGACUGUCCUCAGAUGGACUGUGAGGAAGGAUGGGCCUUGCUGAAAUGUGGACGAAAGAAUUAUAAACGGGCCAAGGCCUGCUUUGAGAAGGCUCUGGAAAUGGACCCAGAAAACCCUGAAUUCAGCACUGGGUAUGCAAUCGCUACCUAUCGCCUGGACGGCUUUACUGGAGCAACACAGAUGAGUAAGGCAUUUUGUCUGAACACACUAAAACAGGCCAUCAGGCUAAACCCAGAAGAUGCAUAUAUCAAAGCUCUCCUUGCCCUGAAGCUUCAGGAUGUAGGACAAGAAGCUGAAGGAGAAAAGUACAUUGAAGAAGCGCUGACCAACACGUCCUCGCAGACCUAUGUCCUUCGAUAUGCAGCCAAGUUUUACCGAAGAAAAGGCUCUCUGGAUAAAGCUCUUCAGCUCUUACAAGAGGCCUUGAAGGCAACACCCUCCUCUGCCUUCGUGCAUCACCAGAUAGGGCUUUGCUACAGAGGACAAAUGAUUCAAAUAAAGAAAGCUGCAAACUGCAAGCCUAGAGGCCAGGAUAGAGAAAAUGUCAACAGAUUGGUUGGCUUGGCUAUAGAUGAAUUUCAAAAGACUUUGACACUAAGGCCCACAUUUGAGUUGGCUUAUGUUUCCCUGGCUAACAUGUAUGCAGAAAUUGGCCACUACAGAAAGGCUGAGGACACUUUCCAGAAAGUGUUGUACAUGAAAAUCAUUGAUGAUUGUCUACUGCAAGAGAUUCAUUACCAGUAUGGUCGUUUCCAAGAAUUUCACUUGAAAUCUGAAGAUAAAGCAAUUAUCCAUUAUUUAAAAGGUCUAAAAGCAGAAAACAUGUCCUAUACCAGGGAAAAACUUCUCAAUGCUUUAGAAAAAUUGGCUAAAAGACGUGUUCAUCAGAAUGAAUGCGUUGUGGAAAGUUUCAGCCUCCUUGGACUCAUCCACAAAUUGAAAGGCCAAGUGAGUGAAGCCCUGGUGUGCUAUGAGAAGGCUCUGAGGCUGGCAGAUCACUUGAACACCAUGUUUUGAAAUAGAGCUCACCACACAUGUUUAAUGUGUCAUAACUAAAUAUAACAAAAAACUUCCCUGAUUGCUGCCUUCAGAAAUAUAUAACACCUUGAUACAAAAUAGUUUGAUAUAACACAUACUCUGCUGCCUCCUGACACUCCUCUUUCUUUCCACUUCUAUCCCUGUGUCUAUGACAGGAGCAUCCAUUCUUCCAUAACACAUCCCUGUACUCAUUGCCUAAGGCUGAUUAAUGCUGUUUGGAGCAUCUAUCAUCUACCAGACCAACAAGAACACUUUUCCCUACGGCUCUGCAUUUGAAAUGAGCAGCUUCCAUCCUCAGCAUAGCUGGUCUCCUGAACAGAGGUGUCUGAAACAGGGAAAGUUUCAGCCUUCUCCUCCUAGGCCCAGCACACAGGGUCACAUGCCAGUAUAGCUCUGAGCACAUACUCAUACAUCUGCAGGCAUGCAUCCACAUGACGUCCACACAUUAGUCCAAAGGCACUCCUGCCAGUCAGUUCACACCCUCAAAGCAGGAAUUUCCGGAGAUAGUUCUAUGCUGAACCAAGAGCACAGGCUGUUCAUAUAUACAUGUAUCAUGCAUCUCUACACACACACAUUAAUUCCUGGGCUCACAUAGGCACAUUCCUCCAUAUUUGUGCACAUACAUAUUCUGUAUUUGGAGAAUACCUGAAACUACUACCCACUCACAAUUAAAAAAAAGAAAGGUUCCUUUUUCAUGUGGCUAGGGGUGGUGACCUAGAAGAUCUGAGACCAAAGCAAACAAGCAAGGCCAGAGUUAAGAGAGAUGAAGACAGAUCCAGUAGUUCACUACAUUUCCAGCGCUGGAUUCUGUUUCCCAAGGCCCUGCUGUAGACAAGACUUCCUGGUCAAUGAGCCAAAUCUAUAACCUCAGAAUAAAUUCAAAUGUUUUUGUUUAUAUUUUUCAAGCUACUGGCAAUCAUAAAGGAUCUACAUUUUCCAAACAGACUGAAGGACAUUUAUUCACACCGAAGAGAAAUUAAAAUGUAUUGGGGAAAGGCAAAGUAAGAGAAAAACCUGUUUAGGACAUGCAAGCCGAAAAUGACAUAAAUACCUCAAUGCAGUUUUUAAGUGCUCGCUGUGUAGUGUGUGAUACAAUCUUCUUUUUCUUCCUAAAAUAUUUCCUACAAAAAUAUUCAGUAAAGUUAACAACUUCAUUAGCUAACAAAGUCUUUGAGUGUAUUUUAUUUGUGAAAUUUUAGAAAGAUGUGUAUUCCAUGUUGGGGUGGAAAUAGAAAAACACAGAAGCAGCUUAUGUAGCAAUAGAAGGCCUAAGGCAGAGGAACCCGUGAAUAUACACUCCACCAAGAAUUUUUAAAAAUAUUUAUUUUUCAUUUAAAAAAGAAAAAAAAUAUUGGAUUUACUUCUACAGGCCAUGGAAUUAUAAGGUUGACUUAUGUGACCUUGAUCCCUGAGAGCUAGAAUUGACCAAUGGCAGGGAGUAGAAGAGUCUGAGUGGGGCAUUUAGACGACACCUGAGGAACACACAAGUAAUACCCUUUCCAACUUUGUUGAUACUAAACAAAGAACAGAUUUAUUGGAUUUAACCAGAAGAAAACUAAUAGAGCAGGAAUACUGUCUUUUCCUUGUAAAUAAGGUGUGACUCAAGUUGUAACAAAAUGCAUGCUGAACUGUUUUAUCAAUUAAUUGUACUGAUUGCCUCUUAUGUAACAACAACAAAAUAAGAUAAAUUGAUGGAUAGAGAACUUGAUGAGUGAAAAGAUAUGUAAUAAAGCAAAUAUAGUAAAAUGUUAACUGUA